UUUGUAGUUCAACAGCCCUGUCGGGGGAGCCCGCACACCUCCGCUUCCUUGGGAUGCGGUGGACCAGCAUCCUCCAAAGUUAAAAACCCCGGGUUUCGAGCUCUUCGGCCAGGCCAUGUUGUCUCCUGUCCCCAUUUGCCUCGAGAUACCCCCAUAGAGCUGGUCGAAAUUGCGGUCUCCGCUGUCGCUGCGCGGUGUGCGGCGGCCAAAUCGGGGUCAUGACUCCACAUGGCGACCCCUAUUCAAACCUCACCAGGCUCCUUACAGAGGAGCAAUGGCCUUGCGACGACUACGACUUUUACGAUACUCUGGUGAGCGACAAGCAACAUGGUGACGCUGGGAUCCCAAGAGAUUCCUUUGACAGCCGUGCAGACUGUCUUCCUGUGGUAACAGGUCACGGUGUUGAGGGGCGAGACUAUCGCCCCAGCAAUUUCUCGUCUCUUUUCGGCGCACUCGGUAGCCAGGACAUUGACAUUGGCUAUUAUCAUGUCAAUGUGAGUGCGCCGAUCGGAGCUUUGGCCACCCCGACGCCAGACAUGGUUGGCUCCGGGGCAGACAGUGGGAUGAAGCUGGAGUCACCCUCUAGCGUCACAGCCGCUGAGGGUGACAUCGAUGGCCAAUACGCGUUUGGAGUCGCGUCGAGUUCGAAGAAACUCGACUACACAUCGCCUCCCGGCGCGAUCAAGUUCGCUGCCACACCCACGGAGGCGCAGAACGCGCAAUAUCAGGAGGAGGUUUAUUCACAGCAGGAGGAGAUGACCUUUGUGUUUACUCCUGGCUACAAGGGUCCCGACGCGAUACAGGGCACCGCUGCAGAAGGCGACGUGGCACCGGCAGCUAAUGAUGAGGACGGCGCCGGAUGCCAACUCGACGCCGCAUGCAUCCACCACUUCGGCCACCGGACUUCGAUAUCGGACGUGCAAGCCCACCUCGACCAGAGGCACGGCGGUGUCCUCCACAUGGCGCCUGCGGGCGGGAAGAUCUCCUGUCUGUGGAGAGAGGCGAACGGGCUGGAGUGUCGCAAGCGGAUCUCGCUCGGCGGGUUUGCCAAACACGUCGCCACCACACACCUGAAGCGCUUCGCGGCGCCGUGCCCGCACUGCAACCGGAUGCUGUCGCGCGCCGACUCGCUCGCUCGCCACAUCUGGAAGCUUCAUCCUGGGGCAACGUAACGCAGGCGCAAUCGACGCGUGCAGGACCGUC